AUGAGGAAUCUGGUAUUGCUGGGUGGUAAUUCGCAUCCAGAACUGGUAUCAAGUAUUGCCAAUGCACUCUCCAUUGAUAAGAGUGAGGUAUCUGCUCAUAAGUUUAGCAAUGGAGAGACAUCGGUCACAAUAAAGGACUCAGUACGAGAGAAAGAUGUCUAUGUUAUUCAGUCAGGCUGUGGCCAUGUUAAUGAUAAUUUCAUGGAAUUAUUGAUUAUGAUUUCGGCAUGUAAAAUUGCAUCGGCUAAGAAGGUAACCGCUGUGAUGCCAUUGUUUCCAUAUUCAAGACAACCGGAUGUGCCAUAUACGAAAUCUGGAGCACCACUGAAUGUUUCUAAAUCGUCAAACUCCAGUUCCACAUCAACGUCAAGCAGUAAACCAAACUUUACUUUUGAAAGUGUCCCUGGUACUCCUCGUCCAUCAUCUCGACCGGGCCUGCUUACAAGGAAAGAUUCAUCCGAUCAAGCGCCUGGUUCGCCAAGUUUGAACCCGCUAUCGCUCAAGGAAAGAUUAUUGGAUCAACAAGCGCGGUCUCGCUCUGGUUCGGGUUCUGGAAACUCGUCAUCUGCCUCGUAUUCCCGUGGUUUUGAAAAUAACUCUGGCUAUAGGGAAUGGGUGGCACAAGCUGGAAACUUGGUUGCUUCUUUGUUGACCUGUGCUGGGGCUGAUCACAUCAUCACCAUGGAUUUACAUGAUCCUCAGUUCCAGGGCUAUUUUGACAUUCCCGUAGACAACCUAUAUGGCAAGCCUUUAUUACAACAUUACAUUGCCACUAGCAUCCCAGGUUACCAAGAAGCAGUUAUCGUAUCACCUGAUGCUGGUGGUGCCAAAAGAGCUACUGCAAUCGCUGAUUCUCUUGGGAUGAGAUUUGCUCUUAUUCACAAAGAGAGGCGGCCAAUAAAGAUUUCUGCUGCUUCCGACGCUUCCCGUCACCAUGCGACUACGAUGCUCGUGGGAGACGUGAAAGGAAGAGUAGCCAUUUUAGUGGACGAUCUUUGCGAUACCGCCAAUACUAUUACACGUGCAGCCAAGCUCAUCAAAGACCAAGGUGCUGAUAAAGUAUAUGCUAUUAUUACCCAUGCCACCUUUUCUGGAGAUGCCAUCGAACGCAUCCGUGCGUCUGCCAUUGACCUGAUUGUCACUACAAACUCUGUUCCACAAGAAGAGCAUUUGGAGCAGUUGGGAGACCAGCUUGAGGUCAUUGAUGUUUCAAGAGUAUUUGGCGAAGCCAUCCGACGUAUCCAUAACGGAGAAUCCGUCUCUAUGUUGUUUAACCAUCAUUUUUAG